AUUUUAUGCUUUGAAUCACGUCCUGCAGGUCUGGUGAGCGUUUCGGGGAACAGCUCAGGAUCUGUCAGCAGGUCCGGCCUCCGAUCUCUGCUGCAGGACCUCAGCCAGGUUCCUGCAGCGGUGCAGGAGGAGGACGUGUUCGGCGGCGUGGAGGCGGCGGUGAGGUCGUGUUUCAACGGGGUGGUGACCCCGACGGCCAGCGAAGAAUACGUGAUGUCAUGGCUGCAGAGCGAGCCACGCCUGUUGCUAUGGUUACCCACUGUGUACCGGCUGUCAAUCGGUCAGAACAUCAGCCACAAUGUUCGCUGCCACACCUGUAAGACCUUCCCCAUCACCGGGCUCAGGUAUCGAUGUAUGAAGUGUGUUAACGUCCACGUGUGUCAGAGCUGCUUCCUGACCGACCGACGAACCAGGAAACACAAAACCCACCAUCCAGUGCUCGAGUUCUGCACUCAGCCCACCUGGAGAGAGUCUCUGUCCUCGUUAGUGCACAGUGCUCGUCAUUCUCUGUUGCCACGGCGAUACACUCAAAGAGAAGCUGAUAGGCAGAGAGUCCUGAUGUGGGCGGAGCCAGCGGAGACUCAGAACAGAGCUCCGCCCCCCUCUGACGCCUCAACACGAUUGGCUGACGCAGCUCACAGUCCCUCCUCUGACAGAGAGGUUUCCCAUGAUGCCUCGGGGCGGCGGCCUUCGUCUCAGUGCUCGACGAAAGCUCUGCAGACGGACGAGGAGACGCCGAGUCAGCAGGCGUCGCUUCUGACUGAAGUCAGAAACCUGCAGAGAGACAAAUGGCUGCUGGAGCAGCAGCUGCAGGCCUGGCGGCUCACCGUCCAAUCAGAGCAGGGCGUCCUGGAGGACAGGUGCUCUGAGAUGGAGGUCACCAUGGAAACGCUGAGACAGCACAACACCUGUCUGCAGGGCAUGCUCACACAGGCUCUGAACAAGAUGGAGGCUCGAACACACACUGACAACACGCCAGAGAGCACGCUGGACACGGAGAACACAGAGAACACGCAGGGAGGGAACAUCACGCCAACCUCUGACACGCCAACAAACAUAGAAGAAGAAGAAGAAGAAGAAGAAGAAGAAGAAGAAGAGGCGGAGCUGAUGAAGGCAGAGGAGGAGUGGCGUGUAGAUGAACUACAAACUCCAUCUCCCACAAUCCACCAGGACUCUCCUCUGUCACAUGAUGGACACUGUGAGGAGGAGUCUGCAGAUGAUGCAUGUCUCCAUCAUCCAAUAGGACCACAGCACAGACCAGAGGAGGCGGAGUUAGAGGGACAAGGCACCUGUCUGCCUGAAGGAGGAGGAGGGGAUUGUGGGAAGUGUAGUCUGGAGGAGCUGCUGCAGAAGACUGUGGACAGACUGAAGACUGAGCUACAGACAGACAGGUGGACAGAGAGACAGACAGGUGAGGGAAAGGGGGCGGAGCUCCUGCAGGCUGCAGAGCAGGUGGGAGCCGCGAUCCACCACCUGGUGGACGCUGUGAGAACAAAGUGA